GCGCGAUCCUCGUGACGGCACGUACGCUUUCUCGUCCCGGCGCCAUCUUCACCACACAGCUCGAGAACAACCAUUCACAUCUCAACAUGGACUCACCUUCGGACACGUUGGCCUUGCUGCGCGCUCACGUGGAUAACGAGGCAGGCGACGUUGUAUUCGUCGAAGUUGAAGGGGGCACGCCUCUUGGUAUUGUACUUGAUGAAGUCAACAAACAAGCUGUCAUCAAGUCGUUCACGCGUACGAACAACGACCCUGGAGUGGUUGAAAGGCGAGCGGAUGUGCAUGUUGGAGCUGCUCUCGUCGCGAUCAACGGCAAAGACGUGUCCAAGUUAGGUCUCAAAGAGGUGGGAGAGAUCCUGAAGAAGCUCAAAGAUCGGCCGAAGGUCCUUGGAUUGCGCGUUGAGCGACCACUUCAAUCCAUCGACCUAGGGCCAAAGAGCCCAAAAAGCUCGCCGGUGGUCGCCGCUCCCUUGCCUCAAGCUGUUCCCGCAGCUCCUCUGGCGCCCACUGCCGCUCCUGCACCGGUCGAUGCAGUCGCGAUCAACAUCGCCCCAGCAACACCUACCGCGGACGCUGGGCCAAGCAUCGAAACCAUUGCCGUGCGUUGUCCUCCUGGCCCACUCGGUCUUCUCUUGAGCAGCGAAUUGCUUGACCGCGCCGUCGUGAUCGGGUUCCAACCGUUGCCUGAUGGAUCGCAAGGGGUAUUGGAAAUGCACGAGAACGUUCGUCCUGGCGCUCACCUUGUCCGCAUCAACGGCGAAGACGUCAGCGCGUGGUCGUUGCAUGAUGUUAAAAGCCGUCUCGGUGCACUGGCCGACCAGGAGCGCUUGCUUGAGUUUACACUGCCGCGCCACCGCGCCAACAGCCAAGACUUUUCACUGCGCCGCAAAGAAGAGUUCACCCUCAUGAAGCAGAACGACUCGACCAAAAUCGAGCGCGGAGAGUGCUGGCUCAUCAUCGACGCCAAGUGGGUCGAGCGAUGGGUUACGUUUGCCGCUCUGAACGGCCCGCCGCCUGGUCCGAUCACAAACGAAACGCUCGUGCAGCCGGGAUGGCAAGACCGCCUCGACGGAAAGGUCCCCGGUGAUGCCGACCUGCCGCGUGAAAACCUAAAGGUGUCCACCGACUACCGGUGUGUGACGCCGCUCGUGUGGAGCUUCUUUGCAGCGCUGCAUGGCACAAGCAAACUGCCGCCGAUCGCUCGCUACGCGAUGGACAUCUACGGCCGGCAGCUGCCCGCCGUUGAACUCAAGAAGAUUUUGAAGGGCCCGUCGCUGAAGGCAGAGAUCACGGUGAAGGAGAUCAAGCAUCGCUGCCAGUACGCUCCGUAAACACGUCGACAAGAGUAUAAAUAUCGUGUAAGUCUAAACGUCCAUUUCAGUGUGUGGAGGUUGGAUCACGAGUUGAAAGAUGUCUGUCGCGCCGUAUGAAGCGCAGCGAUGGAGUUUCCACAGCCCAUUCUUCCA